UUCGAUUCGCACACAAUAGGAAAUUUUCUUUUCUGUUUCAAAUCAACCCGAUUUUUUCGCAAAUCCAAAACACCCAAAAGGGGUAGAAAUUUGAAUCCGAAACCCUCUUGAGAGCUUCGAUCUGAGGAGGCUAACUGAGAAUCUUAGAUCGGGUUAGCCGCGAGUCCUGAUUACUAAGUCCACAGGAUGCCGUCGCGGAAACGAGCUCUCCUCAAGGUCAUCAUUCUCGGCGACAGCGGGGUGGGGAAGACCUCCUUGAUGAACCAAUAUGUAAAUAAGAAGUUUAGCAACCAAUACAAGGCAACAAUUGGAGCAGAUUUCCUCACAAAAGAAGUGCAGUUUGAAGACAGGCUUUUCACAUUACAGAUAUGGGACACAGCUGGGCAAGAGAGGUUUCAAAGUCUGGGGGUCGCUUUCUACCGUGGUGCUGAUUGCUGUGUGCUAGUCUACGAUGUCAAUCUGAUGAAAUCAUUUGACAAUCUCAACAAUUGGAGGGAGGAAUUCUUAGUUCAGGCAAGCCCAUCCGAUCCAGAAAAUUUCCCAUUUGUUGUGAUAGGUAACAAGGUUGAUGUGGAUGGUGGAAAUAGUAGAGUGGUAUCUGAGAAAAAGGCUCGAGCAUGGUGUGCCUCGAAAGGGAAUAUUCCAUACUUUGAGACUUCUGCAAAAGAAGGCAUCAAUGUGGAGGAAGCAUUCCAGGUCAUUGCAAAGAAUGCCAUGAAGAGUGGAGAAGAAGAAGAAAUAUACUUGCCCGACACAAUAGAUGUCGGGAGCAGCAAUCAGCAAAGGGCUUCAUCAGGAUGCGAGUGUUGAUGCUUUUGAGUCGGGAGCAAUGAGAAGUAGGAUGGAUGGAUGGAUUGAUGAUAGCUUUAUUUUGUCGAGUUGGUGUUGGUCCGAGUCUGAACAAACACACGUAAGUACGCCUGUGUUUAUAUAUAAUUUUGUAGGGUUAAGUGUGUGCGCUCUCUCGAUUGAUCUAAGUUUCAUCUCAUUAUUUAUUUUUGUUUCUUUGGCUUCUCUUAUGCAUCAUCUCAUGUUUAUCAUUGCAUUGAAUACUUUCUGCAACUUUUAAAAUGGGAUAAAGUGAGUUCAAGUUUGAGUUCAAACAUUUUUUGCUUA